CCGACCUGUGAAUGGCAGCAAGCAAUACGCAACAUAGCGUCAAGUCUGCCGGAAACUCACACUAAGAAAAAAAACGUCAACGGAAGUGAGCUGUGACCACAUUAGCGUUUUUGUUAUUAAACAUGUAUUUAACAACCUGAAACUCAAAAUAUGAGUCUUUAACUGCACAGCAUCACAUACUUACCCCCACAUAGUGUUUAAUUCGCGUUGCAGACAGGACUUAGUUGAUAGAUGUUAUCUCUUUAACGCCAGCUUGCUAAACAUAUAUAACUGUAUGGUUUAUCACGCUCAAAUAGCCUCCAUCAUGGAGGUGCUAGCGAAUGCAGCCGUGGCAGAAAUAUGUAAAGUCGUAGACGACGAUUAUGCAGUGUUUCGUUUGCAAAUAACUCAAAGCCAGAAAGAAAACAGAGGAUUGCGGAGGAAACUACUGGAAAUGAAGGUGGCACGUGAGCGCGUCCCUGUCAGUCGUCCCAAUAGUUUCAAGAUCUUCGACCGAUACAGAGGAAUGGCAAGAGGUGAAGGACGUCUCACUGGAGGCCACAGGAGCUUUGUGAAGCCAGCGGGACACAAUACAUGGAGAGAUGGUCAACAAAUCACUGUUGAUGAGGGGAAUGGAACCUCAACCCAGCAAAUUAUCAUGAUAGAGUCUGCAGAGGCUGCAGGUCCUGGGGUCAAGCAGGAGAGGUCUGAAGGAGAGGAGGACCUACGGCACAGCAGAGACAUCCAGACUGGAGAGUCUGGAGCGCCCCCUGUAGCCACGGAGGACCCCACUACCACCCCAGCGCAGCCAAGGGCCCGACGCAGCAUCACAGAGGAGGAGGGUUCAGAUGUGCUGCUGAUGUGUGAGGAGGGUCUGGGGAACCCAGAGGAGACCAUGGUCAUGGAGGACAGCCGGACUACACCUCCUGAACCCACAGAGGAACCAGCUGAGCAGCACAGGACUACACACAGUCUCACUGAGUCAGUAGACAUGGAUGGGAAGCCUGAUCUGUUGCUAGUCAAAGAGGAGACAGUAGAGGAUGGACCAGAGAGCAUUGAUCUGCUGAGUGGACUAAAGAUGGGGGAGCAAGGUGGUUGGCUAGAGGCUAACAAAUACUGGGUCGCUGUCUUGGAUUCUCUGACCCUGACUGGUGCGGCUAAGGGCUCGCAGGACGAUAUCACUGAGCAGGACAGGACCAGAGGCGACAUAGUGGAGUCUGCAGUCCAUGAAGACCUGCUGAUAUCCGGUGUUACUGGCGGGAGAGACUGGACCUCUGAAGAGGCUGGCCACAAACCCUGGCCCCGGAUCAGGACCCUGGAUCAGGAGCCGUCACUCUUCCUUCCCCAGUCAGAACCCGGAACCAACCACGGGGGACAGAGACUCCACCACAACAACUACAUAGAACACAACCAGUGCACAGGUGGACUGAACCAACUCGGUCCUGGUGGUCAUCUGAGAGACAGAGGCUCCAGUCCGCAGACCAGACCCUUCUCUUCACAGUCUCAGUGCAGGGAUGAAGCAGGGCCUGGGGCUGAUAGAGAUAGACCCUCCUGUUCCUAUGAUACAAACACCACAGUAUCCAUGAUGAACAGAGGAGGUCACCCUGGGCUUCAGCCUUCACAGAGAGUGGUGGGAGACCCCCCUGAUGGUAGUCUAUCAGCAAGUCUGUCUUCUCCUUCAGGGUCUCAUCUAAUGCCUGGUGACUGGGUUCAUAGAAAGCCUGGACCUGGGUCUAGCCUUCCUCAGUUACCUCAUGGUUACCCCAUGAAUACGGUCAGGAUGGGCGUUCACCUAGCCUAUAACACCGCACACAAUCCCAACAACACCCAAACAAUGGCUAGAGGUCAAGGAGGGAGCUCAAAGACUAAUCAACUGAGGGUGGCUCCUGCUUUUACCUCCUCUGGUGUCAUUGGGUCACAACAUGGGAGGCCGAGCGUUAGGACGGACACAGACAUGCCGUACGCCUGCCCCACGUGUGGGAAGCGCUUUGCUGAGGCAAAUCAUGUGAAGACGCACCAGACCGUUCACACCCUUCAAGUGCAAACUAAACUACAAGAGCUUAUCAGACAUAGGAGUGUCCACAACGAGGAGAAAUCGUAGCAGUGCGUCUUCAGCUGUACGCAGGGGAUGUCAGGGAAUCAUUCUUUAGCUGACAGAUUGUUAUCGUGUGAAGUGUCUUGGGGUAAGAGGGUAAUUAACCAUAUACCCCUCAUUAAUCCUCUGUUUAACUUGUUUUUAAGAGACAGUAAACCUAGGCUAGAACAAGGACAGUUGAAUAUUUACCUUAUUGAGGUGAUGUAGAUGGGAUAAAGUCAUUCUAUUCUGUUCUUUAUAAACAAGUCUGCUCUCAGCUUGAAAGAUACUGAUCGUAGGAGAUUUGAAGUGUAAGGAAUAACCAGUAGCGUAUUUCAAAGAACAGUGCACAUACUCUUUUCAUUUAACCACAGCCUUUGAACUAUUACGCCAACCAAUACGAUCCUUCCUCUUCAGUGUAGACCGGUGUCUUGAUUUGUCGAGAUCUCUGAGUGGGGAAAAAAGGUGCAAGGCUCAAACGUCUUCUGAAUAUAUACCUAGUAAUGGUGUUAAAGAAUACAUAUCAACUACUGAA